AUGCAUCAAAGCUUUCUAACUACCACAAACCCAAACUCUCCUCUCUCUCUCUUUCUCACAUGAGAAACUAAGUCCUUUUGUGUUAUCAAGAAAUUUCAUAUCUCUUGUCUCUUAAGAGUAAUCAAGAAAAAAGAUCUAUUGGAUUCAAGAUGAUGGAGACGAGACAAAACAGUGUUCAGUUCCAAAGAAACACUUUCAUACCAAUGUUAUGUUCAAGACCUUCCAUCAAGAACGUGACCGUCCCGACUAAAUUACAUCAAGAAGACCAUAAAACCGAUCCUUUGUCUCCCAAGAUAAGCUGCAUUGGUCAAGUCAAAAGAAGCAACAAGAUCGGUGGCUAUCCCACCACCACUUCCUCCUCCAUCACCCCAGCCACUCACCACCGUUACUUCAAGCUUAAACGUCUCUUCUCCGGCAAGAACCUAACCUUCUCAGCUCCCACCACCACCACGACCAAGACUAGUCGUGGAAGAAUCAGAAAAGAGGAGUUUGAUAACAAAAAGAUUGUUGUUAUCGACGUUGCUCAAUUGGAUCCUCCGUUACCGGUGGUUAAGAAGAAGCAUGACGGUGGUGCCGGAGAUAAAGCCGGAGAGAAUCUGUGGAUGAGAAGAUCUGGUGGUGGUGGUUGUCAAUUACGGAGUUUGCAGAUUCAACCCAAUGGAGCUCAUCAGUUGAAAGUAGCAACUGUUUGAGUUUGGCUUUUUGGAUCAAUCAAAAGCUUUUUUUUUUAUUUGUUGUUGUGAUUUUAGUUAUUAAUAUUAGGUUGUACAAAUAUAAAAUUCAUACUUUAUGAU